AUGUUUGGCAGGCGCGGUUCACUCAACUACAAGAACGUGACCGUGGUCGUUGCAUUCGAGCCAGCCGGUGCAUAUGAGGAUUUCCUGCCCCUCGCAUGGCGGGUUCAAACUUUCAAACCGGACGCAAACGACAAGACGGACCCUUUCACUUGGACAAGCGAUUACGCCUAUUCUGCGUCGAAUGGCUGUCGAAAUAUCAAGGCGUGUAUGCCUAUCAAGUCGCGUCAGCAGACAUCAUUGCAAAAGAGUUACAGCACAACACCUCCGACGUUCUGGUUCACAGAUCCGAUCCCUUGCGUUCAUCCCAGUCCCAAGAUCUUCAAUCAUGUUUCUCAUUCAGCUGACAUUGGCUACGGCUUCAUCGUCAACGAAGACAAACUUGACUCUGAAGUGGAAACAGUGAUCGAGUUCAGCGGUGUCAGGCCGCUAGAAUCGAGGCAUACAUUUCAUUGGCAACCACGCAUGUCUGUCUACAUUUUCGUUGCGGAGACAGGGUAUAUUCAAGGAGAACGGAUAGCGAAACGACCCCCGAAGGAGUGCAACUACUGGCACAUGGAUCUCCGUCGUCUGCACCCAGGCACGCGAAUACUUGCCCUCGAGCUCUCCUACAACCCGAUCCUCCUAGAUUACGCCAUGACUCCCGAUCCUUCCUUGGCACCGCUAGUGACUUCCGAUGCUGUGGCACCGGCAUCGUCCUCGGUCGUAGAGGGAUUCGGAACAACUGUUUCAUAUACGAAACGAUACUCUGCCACGUUGCGGUUGAAUCUACAGCAAUUUAGUGCGGUGAUUGACAAAGUUCGCACUGCUCUCGCUCGGAAAGGCUAUCGGGUUUCUCUCUGCCUUCACCCGGGGUCCCCAACGGCAACUUUCGAACUCGUUCUUCCCGAUACCAUCUGCAGCUUUGCACAAGCAGAGCACGACCUUAUCGCCGCGACUAGGUCCGGGCUGUCGGAAGGCGUUAUGAUCAUCGAGCGCUACGCCGACUUCCUCGAACACGAAAUCAACGGUCACCGCUCCUGGCGCCGCAUCGACCCCUUGUCUAUAGACUGGAACUGGAGCAGGAACGAAACGGAUCACCCCGAGAAACAGGAAAAUUCCGACGGGGGCUCGGGGUAUGCGGACUCCGCCGCCGCUCCGGCGUAUUCCACAUCGAACUUUGCUGCCGUAGUACACAGAGAUGCAGUGGAAUUGCCUCCCUACUCCGGGCACUGA